AAGUGCUUACCGUCAAAUUUGCAGUUUACUCAUUUUUCUGUGAUUUGGUUGUCAUUUGCUGACAGCUACAUAAUCGAAUUACGGUGACUUCAUAUGUGAUUAAAUAUACGUCCUGUUUCUUUGUUCGCGACAUUUAAGGCGUACAGUCUCACCCAGCUGGCGUUAAAGUGGUUGGAAUGAGAUUUUUUCAGCAUUCUGUCGUAACAUUCACCUUUGCCGCUUGUGCGUCUUCUCUGAAAUAGUGAAAGCGCAGCAAAGAAAUAAUCAUAAAACGCCUCUAAAUUUAUAAGCAAUGACGGUUGCGGAGUUCUUCGGAUGCACGUUCUUGGCCUUUGGGCCUCCGCUGGCAAUGUUCAUCUUCACAAUUGCCCAUGAUCCCAUUCGAAUUAUAAUUUUAAUAGCGGCGGCAUUUGUAUGGCUACUGUCACUGCUGAUAUCUUCGACAUUUUGGUUUGCAAUUGUACCACUUCGGGAGUACUUGAGUUUCGGACUUGUUUUCUCAAUAUUUUUCCAAGAAGCGUUUCGCUAUGUAAUUUACAUAGUACUGCGGAAGACUGAGCGAGGUUUGCAGGAAGUUACCCAAAAUUCGAGAGUGACGGAGAAUAAACACAUUCUGGCAUAUGUGUCGGGGCUUGGAUUCGGCAUUAUAAGCGGUGCAUUCGCGCUGGUGAAUGUUCUGGCUGAUUCGGUGGGUCCGGCAACUAUGGGCCUGCUGAGCGGUACCAAUGUGUUCUUCAUCACAUCAGCCGCCCAAACGCUGUGCACCGUUCUCUUGCACACUUUUUGGAGCGUGAUCUUCUUCAACGCGCUGGACACUUCGCGGUACAGCCAUGUGGCGUAUGUAGUUAUUAGUCACCUGUUCGUUUCGUGUUUAACUUUAUUUAAUAAGCAAGAACUGUAUUAUGCCACGUUAAUUCCAAGCUACCUAGUUACGAUAUUAACUGGUAUUCUAGCGUUUAAAGUAGUGGGCGGGAGCUUAGUAACCGUUAAACGAUUUGUGACAUGCCAAUGAAUGCAUUGAAUCUAGGUUGAGUGAGGAUUGAGUCGCGUCUUGUUAACUAAAAUUAUUAAGAUUGAAGUAGGCAGGGAAAGAUUUUGUAAACCUUUGUCCUAGAAAUUCGUAAUGCUACAAGCUUACAAAUAACAUGUAAUGACAAUGUAAUUAGGCUUAAAAUAUACCGUUUAACGAAAUUUUUUUAAUCAAUUCUUAUCCGUGUAUAAGUGAUAGAGAAUAAGGCAAACAAUAAAAACUGGUAUUUCCUAAUAAA